AGGCGCCUCGGCCCGAGCAGCGUACCUUCGCUCGCCCCACGGGUCCCCCGCGCCGGUGCUGCCAUCGCCAUGCUCGCCCGCACGCUGUCCAAGGCCCUGCGGCCGGCGGCCGGCAGGCCGCCCGCGCUGGCGCUGGCGAGGGCCGCGUCGGCCCCGGCCGCCCGCGGCUUCUCCGAGAUGGCGUCCCCGCAGAAGUUUGCGAUCUACCGGUACGACCCAGACACGCAGGCCAAGCCGUUCCUGCAGGAGUACACCAUCGUGAGCUGCGGCCCCAUGAUCCUGGAUGCCCUGAUCAAGGUCAAGGACGAGGUCGACCCGACCCUCACGUUCCGCCGCUCCUGCCGCGAGGGCAUCUGCGGCUCAUGCGCCAUGAACAUCAACGGCAAGAACGGCCUCGCGUGCCUCCUGUACAUCGAGCCCGGCCCGGCGCCCAUCGAGAUCCAGCCCCUGCCUCACACGUACGUCGUGAAGGACCUCGUGCCCGACCUCACCAAUUUCUACAACCAGUACAAGUCGAUCGAGCCCUGGCUCAAGCGCAAGGACACGAAGGCCAAGGGGGAGAAGGAGUACUUCCAGAGCAGGGAGGACCGUGCCAAGCUGGACGGCAUGUACGAGUGCAUCCUGUGCGCCUGCUGCAUGACGUCCUGCCCGUCCUACUGGUGGAACCCUGAGUACUACUUGGGGCCAGCGGUGCUGAUGCAGGCCUACCGCUGGAUCGCGGACUCCCGUGACCAGUUCACGGAGGAGCGCCUCGCGUGGGUGAACGACACCAUGAAGCUUUACCGCUGCCAUGGGAUCAUGAACUGCACGAACUGCUGCCCCAAGGGCCUGGACCCCGCCAAGGCCAUCGUGCACCUCAAGGAGGAGGUCGCGGACACCUACAAGGACGCCUGGAAGGGCAUGAUGACCGAGCAGAUCGUGAAGAACAAGGGCCGGGAAUCGGGCAUGAUGUACAUGUGAGGACCCUUCUUCUGCACCUCCUCCUCUUCUUCCCCUCCCUCUAUUCACUUUUCUUAUUCCUCCCCCCCUCCACAUCCGCCUCCCUACCCCUGCCGAGCACGCCGAGCCUGUGCGCCAGCUGGCCGAGCUCGUGCGCCAGCGGCCGCGUGCGCCGGCUGGCCUGGCUCGUGCCCCGGUGGGCGGCGCGCGAGUGGGCGCCCGCCCCAAGGGGCUGCCUGCCGCACCCGCUCGGCGUCUGAGCCGUCGGACCCGCCGAAUGGUCGGAGGACCCGGCGACAACGACGACGACGACGACGACGACGACGACGACGACAAACGACGACGUCUAGCCAGAGAGCAGCAGCAUCCGUAUCUUUUACUACCUCAGAGUGGGCCAACGGGAUCGCUCGAGGUUUUGGCUGCUGCUUUGUUCGUGGAGCAGAAGAGGGUAGAUGGCUUGUGGUGGGCGUGUUCACUUUGCACUUCAUUAGUGUGCUUGGUCACGAACAGUUGCAGCAACUUUUUAACCCGUCGUGGUUACUGUGAUCCUCUCCUCAUGUCCCUCGCUGCUGUAUUCGCUUGAAUGUCCUCAUCCCCUCCUGACGUGCAUUUCUCGCGCGCGAUGCCUUUCUCG